UGUUGGUGAUUCUCUAAUUGUGCUGGGAAUUUCCUUGCAGGUGUGGGAGGAGGAGUGGGCGCGCAGGCCGGCAGUGUGCCCGGUAAGGGUGCCUCUUCUGGGGCCCCGAUGGAGCCGGAGACCCUGGGGCCAGCCCUGGACGCCCAGUCCUUCCCCUACGUGGAGGAGCCCUCCGACGAAGAGCUGUCCGACUACCAGCCGUACCGCUCGCCGGGCGCCGGCAGCAGCGCCAGCCCGGUCAAGAUCACCCUGACGGAGACGCCGUCCCCGCGCUCCCUGUCCCCCAGCGGAGGGGCCGCCCCCGGGGGCCCGGGUGGUGGUGGUGGAGGGGUGCCCGUGUCCGUGUCGGAGAAGGAGAGCAUCCUCAGCCUGGGGCUGGAGGGCGUGCCUACCGUCACCCUGUCCGAGCCGGAGGACGAGAGCCCCGGGUCUUCCACACCACCUGAGGAGUCCGACUCCCCCUCCGACUUCAAGUACAAGUCAAGCGGCUCCAAGACCUUCACCCAAGACAAAACCCCCGCCGCAGACAAGACCACGCCCCCGAAACCCGGCUCCGGCUCCGGCUCCGGCUCUGCCGCCUUCCCGCGCUCCUCCCACGACGCCGAGGGCAGCAGCGGCGGCGAAUCGGGCGACUCGGAGAUCGAGCUGGUGUCCGAGGAGCCAUUCUCAGCAGCGUCCCGGGGUGGCGGAGGCAACAGCAGCAGCUACAUGAGCUUCAGCAAGCCCCCCAGCUCUGCCACCAGCCCUGGUACCACCACCACCACCACCCCGGCCCCGGCCUCUGGCCCACCUGCCCCGGCUUCGGGCCCUCUCUCUGGGCCUGCCUCCGCCGCCUCGCUGCUCUCCUCUGGAGGCUCCGCGGCGGCGGCCACCCUGAACCAGUACAGCAUCCUGCGGGAGGAGCGGGAGGCCGAACUGGACAGCGAGCUGGCGCACGAGUCCUGCGGCGAGGAGAGCCCCAAGCGCGGCGGCGCCGGUGCGGCCGCCCCCGGGGGGCUACCGGGGCUGCGUCUCCACGACAACAAGGGCCGUGGCCUGAGCAGCAACAAACCCGACACCGCCACCACCACCACCAACCCGUUCGGCGCACCCGUCGUGGCAAGCCCACCGCCACCCGUGGUCAUGCCAGCUGCCCCCGCCCCCUUCUCGGCCAAGCCUGCGCCCUCCGCUCCGGCACCGUCGGCUGGCCCAGCCCCAGCCCCAGCCCCGGCCCCGGCCCCGGCCCCGGCGUUCGUCCCUCCCAAGGCCCCCGUCGUGGAGGAGGUGAAGGCCAAGCCGACUCCCCCCAGCGCCCCCUCCUCUUUGUUCUCCGGCAGCGGCAGCACCGCCACCACCACAGCGACCAAGGUGGAGCCCAAGACGGAGAAGGCCACCCCGUCCCCCACCGGGGCACAGAGCAAAGGGGCCGACCGGCAGCAGCUGCCCCCACCACCGCCUCUCUUCCAGGGCAUGACCAGGCAGAAGGCGAUGGAGCUGCUGUACUGGCGGGACCUGAAGCAGUCUGGUCUGCUGUUUGGCAGCGUGCUGCUGCUGCUCUUCAGCCUGACCCAGUUCAGCGUGGUGAGUGUGGGCGCCUACCUGGCCCUGGCCGCCCUCUCCGCCACCAUCAGCUUCCGCGUCUACAAGUCCGUCCUGCAGGCCGUGCAGAAGACAGACGAGGGACACCCCUUCAAGGCCUAUCUGGAUAUGGAGAUCUCGCUGUCGCAGGACCAGAUGCAGCGCUACGCAGAGAACGUGCAGUACUACCUCAACUGCAUGAUGAAGGAACUGCGCAGGCUCUUCCUGGUCCAGGACCUGGUGGACUCACUAAAGUUUGCCGUUCUGAUGUGGCUGCUGACCUAUGUGGGAGCUCUCUUCAACGGACUCACCCUGCUCAUCAUGGCGGUGGUGUCCAUGUUCUCCAUGCCUGUGGUGUAUGAGAAAUAUCAGGCACAGAUUGACCAGUACUUGGGUCUAAUAAGGACUCAGGUCAACUCUGUAGUUGGGAAGAUCCAGGAGAAGAUCCCCGGGGCCAAGCGAAAGGCUGAGUAGGCCCCUCAGAGAAGCCCAUUGAAGAGGCACCAUGCCCCCCUCUCACACUCACUCAUGCCCCCCCCUUACAGUACCAUCAUCCAGGGGGAAGGCUGAAUGACAUGGGGGGCUCCUCUACACAAACACACGCUCACAAACAUACGUAGAUAUGCAUAACACACACACACACACACACACACACACACACGCACACACACACACACACACACACACACACACACACACACACACACGCGCGCGCACACACACACACACACACACAUGCGCAUAGACACAGAAGUCCUUCACUUGCACACUUACACACACAUAGACCUGCAUACAUAUGUAACACAAAUACCUGUAAACAUACAUACAAAAACAUACCGUACAUAGACACGCAAAAUGUAAACACACCUUCCACCACAUGGUCACUGGAACAUAGUCUUAUUUUGUGCGCACUGUGGUGAAUAGACGCUGAUGCCACGCUGUAAAGGAGAAGUCCCCAGCCCUGCUCUCAGUCAUAAACAAUAGUGUCAAAACAGCACCCUCUGUUGGUCAUAUCAAGCACUACAAUCUAGUCAAAAAAAAUAAAAACAAUAAAAAAAACAUCGACAACGUUAAAUCAUGUAAAAAAAAAUUAAAAUGGAACUAGAUGUGUUUUUGUGUCGCUUUAUUAAGUGCAUGAAGUCAAGAGUCUGAGCAAAACAAAAAAAGGAUAAAAAACAAUAAAUCUUUCUUUAUUUCUUUUCCAUCCUUUCCCUUUAAAAAAAACCUUUGCUCCUUUUCUCAGCAGUGCUGAAGGCAUUUCUUAGUAGUGUGUGAAGGAUCUCUCCAGCUUUAGUGCUCUCCUGUGAUAGUCUCUUCUUCUUCAAACAAAAAAAUAAUAAAAUAGCAAAAUAAAUCAUGAAUUGAGAAAAAAAAAGCUUAUUGUUGCGCAGGCAUAGGGUGGGGCUUCUCUUUGAUCGAUAUACCUGUAAACAUAUGAAUACACAGCUUGACUCUUGGACCUUUGUUUUAUUAUUUUGUUUUUAUUAUGUUGUGUUGUCUGGCACAAAAACGACUCUAUAUAUAUAGCAAUGUUCGGAUUAGGUAUGGUUAAAUCGUAUAGCGUUUGUUCUUUUUGUAUAACUCUUAAAAAGGAACUACACGGACUCAUGUUUUUAGGUACCGUCAUCAAAGAAACACUUCUUUUAAAAAAACAAAACUGCGAGAAAGAGAGACGGGAGGGAGCUCUGGCGGAUGUGUGAUGAUCAGCUUGUUGAACCUGUCCAAACUUCGUACUCUGUUUCAGUGUAGUUAUGAUUUUAUUUUUCUUUAUUGUUUCUACUUUUGUUUUCAUUUUUUGGUUUUCUCCUUAGCCAUGGACUCUUAACUAUUUGCACUUAAGAUGUAACCAUUACUGAAUGCGAAAAUAAAUGUUCUUAAAUGUACACCGGG